ACGAGUAACUCAAUGUAAAUUGAAAAUAAAUAUAUACCAAAGAUACGUAACCUCUUCGCACAAUUUCUAGCAUAUUAUUACACUAAUAAAGCACGAAAGUGUGUUGAGCUGCAUAAAUCUAAUUUUUUUUAUAGCUCGGUAAGAAUGAUAGUUAACAGUUAGUUUAUCAGUGGCGCAUUUUGCAUUCGAUUUUACAAUCGAUUAAAAUGUGGAAGCGAUCCGGACUGUUGUAUGGUAGGUGUAUAGCACAAGGGAGAACAGUUCUCUCCAACAAUUAUGAAACUGCGGACGUUGCCGCGAAAUCCACCAAUGCAGCAACAGCAAUCGAAGAUUUGGAGCAUGUGCUUCCCAGGGAAGCGCGGGUUGUCAUAUGCGGAGGUGGAGUUAUGGGGGGUGCCGUGGCGUAUCACUUGUCUCUCAUGGGAUUGGGACUGGAAACUGUUCUGGUAGAAAGUGGCAGAUUAGGGGGUGGAACAACGUGGCACGCGUCAGGAUUAGUAGGAGCUUUCAAGCCUAGUCUGACACAAGUGAAACUCGCCCAAGAUAGCAUCGCUCUCUACAAGGAAUUGGAAAAAAAGGGCCUGUCAACGGGCUGGAAGCAAUGCGGCAGUCUUUCCUUGGCACGAACGAGAGAUCGUAUGACUUCCUUCAGGCGAAUGAAGGCACAAUCUGUCUCACGAGAUAUUGAGUGCCACUUGGUUUCACCAGAAGAAAUUCAGAAUCUGUGUCCGUUGCUGCACGUUGACGAUCUCAUCGGAGGAUUAUGGAUUCCAGGAGACGGCGUCGGCGAUACAUAUCAGAUCUGUCGAGCUCUGAUCCAAGAGGCGCAGCAGAAAGGUGUCACAGUGAUCGAAAAUUGUGCGGUUACGAAAGUGAUUAAUCAGAAUGGCCAGAUAAAAGCGGUGGAGACCACGCGCGGUACCAUUGAAUGCCAGCAUUUUGUGAAUUGUGCUGGAUUUUGGGCACGAAACGUGGGUAAACUCAGUGAGCCAUACGUAAAGGUGCCACUUCAUCCAGUAGAACAUUAUUAUUUACAUACUAAACCUAUUGCUGAUUUAGAUCCGAUGAUACCUGUUAUACGCGACUUGGACGGGUACAUCUAUUUUCGAGAAAACAACGGCCGACUGUUAGCCGGUGGUUUUGAGCCGGUUGCAAAACCAGCAUUCGAGGAUGGUGUAAUUCCUGAGAACACAGAUAAGCGAUUUUUGCCAGAGGAUUGGGAUCACUUUCACAUCUUGCUGGAGCAGAUGUUGCUUAGGAUUCCAAGCAUGGGGAACGCAGUCCUAGAGAGGCUCUGCAAUGGGCCCGAGGCGUUCUCGCCUGACUGCAGGUGGAUCGUGGGAGAAGCUCCAGAAAUACGUAAUUACUACAUCGCGGCUGGAAUGAAAACGGUCGGAAUAUCCGCUGCCGGCGGAGUUGGUCGCGCAACGGCGGAAUUGAUACUUAAUGGCUCGACUUCACUAGAUAUGUACGAGUUAGACGUCUCGCGUUUUCUCGGGCUGCACAACAAUCGCAAAUUCCUGCGUGACCGAGUACGAGAGGUGCCCGGUAUGCACUAUGCGCUGCAGUACCCGCAUCUCGAGUUCAAGACCGGCAGAAAUCUGAGAAUGUCGCCGAUCUAUCCGAAACUCAGGGAUGCAGGUGCGGUUUUUGGACAGGUCAUGGGUUACGAGAGACCGUCCUGGUUCCAGCCAGAUGACGACUAUGACCUUCCAGAAUUUCCCGAUGGCUUUCAAAGGUACAAAAUAGCUUACACGAAUACCUUCGGCAAGCCACCUUGGUUCGAUGCAGUUGCGCAUGAGUAUGCUGCUUGUAGAGAAGCAAUCGGCUUGAGUGAUUAUUCUUCGUUUACGAAAAUCGAUUUAUGGUCAAACGACACAGAAGUUGUGGAUUUACUGCAGUAUUUGUGCUCGAACGACGUGGACGUGCCCGUAGGAAGCAUCAUCCAUACCGGUAUGCAGAAUCAUCACGGUGGUUACGAGAACGACUGCAGCCUGGCACGAAUUGCGCCGAAUCAUUACAUGAUGAUCGCCCCGACUAUCCAACAAACGCGUUGCAAGGACUGGAUUCAUCGUCACUUGCCUGCGGACGGUUCUGUUGCCGUGUCCGACGUCACAUCGGCGUACACUGCAAUUUGCAUAAUGGGACCCGCCACCAGACAACUGUUAACUGAAUUGACGGACAUAGAUCUAAAUCCAAAGAACUUUCCGUUCUUCACGUUCAAAGAGUUAGAUGUCGGGCUUGCUAAUGGCAUCCGUACGAUGAACUUGACGCACACUGGAGAACUUGGCUACGUUCUGUAUAUUCCAAAUGAGUUUGCGUUGCACGUUUACACGAGGCUGAUAGACGCUGGAGCAAAAUACGGGGUGAAACACGCCGGCUAUUAUGCGACAAGAGCUCUGCGUGUUGAGAAGUUUUACGCAUUCUGGGGUCAAGACCUGGACACUUUUACUACUCCUCUGGAAUGCGGAAGAUCAUGGAGAGUGAAGUUUGAUAAGGAAGUUGACUUCAUCGGCAGGGACGCUCUUCUGAGACAGCGUGAGCAAGGAGUCAAACGCAAGUACGUUCAGCUGUUGCUGAACGAUCACGAGCUCGAGUUUGAUACUUGGUGCUGGGGUGGCGAGCCGAUUUAUCGAAACGGACAAUAUUGCGGAAUGACAACGACUACCGGUUACGGAUUUACGUUCAAGAAACAGGUGUGUCUUGGAUUUGUGCAAAACUUCGAUAAGAACGGUCAGCCGCAAGAGGUGACGAACGAGUACAUAUUGUCGGGCGACUACGAAGUGAACGUCGCAGGCAUUAUGUAUCCGGCAAAGUGCCAUUUACACAGUCCGAAUUUACCGACCAAGUUCCCCGAUAAAGAGAGAGACGCGUAUCAUGCUACACGCGAUCAGCAACCUUUAUAAGACUCCCGUUCGACAAAAAUAAUACUUUAAGUGUGUACAAACGAUGUAUAUAGCAAAAAGUUUAAUAAAUCCUUUAAGUAUCACUCA